AUGGCUUUGGUAGGAGACUUGGAGUUCUUCUCGCAAGAAUUCGGAUGGCCUACUGCGAACAGCAAUAAUUUGUGUCCUUACUGCAAGUGUGACAACCUUUUCAAAGAUGCAGAUGCUGUCGCCCCGUUCAAUGACUUCAGAGCAAGUGCUGAGUGGAGAAAGCAACCCAGAGAUCCAAGAGAAAAUGAUCACCCUUUGUUUAAAGUUCCAGGGAUCAAUUUUUGGUCCCCGAAACUUGAUGUGUUGCACAUGCUAGACCUUGGAGUCAGUUCGCAUUUUUAUGGAAACUUGAUCAACGACAUCUUGGAGGACCACCUACCUGGGAGCUUCGCUGCAUCCAUUGGAGCUUUGAACUCAAGAAUCCAGGAGCUGUACGAGAGUCAGUCGACCCCAGCUGCUGCCAGAAUCCCGAAGUUGAGCAAAGGGAACAUUCAAAGUCAGACUGGGUACCCGUGCUUGAGCCAUGUGAAAGGGCGACGAAUACGAGAGUUCUCGAGUGUGGCUGUGGGGUUGGCAGACUUGUACAAGGAUACAGUGGCAGGAAAGCAUCGUCUUGAAGCAGUGAAGGCCAUGGACGAGAUUUACGAGCUGUGUGACUGCCAGAAGUAUCGCUUUGACAGAAAGGAGCACAGAAGCAUGGAGAAGGCGAUUGACAGAUUGCUCCUGCACUACACUUUCUUGAGCAGAGAUGCUUUCAACAGAGGAAAGAAGAGGUACAGUGUCACCCAGAAGUUCCACUUGAUGGCACAUUUUCAUGUUCAGUGUAAAUGGAUGGCACCCAGACUUGCUUGGACCUAUGGCCCUGAGAGUUUCAUGUCGGUGUGCAAGAAAAUCGCUGCUUCAUGUGAUAGAGGAACGCCGAGCUACCAGAUUCCACUGAAGAUUUGUGGAAAAUUCGCCUUAGCUUACGAGCUCCUGCUGCGAGGAUGGCUGAAUCUGGAUGAAGAUGAGGAGUGA